GCAAAUGGGCGGGCCGAGGGAAAGGGAGCGGGAACGAGCGAAAAGGAGCCAGAAAGGAGGCUCCACCCCCCGACGCCUGAUAGGCCGGAGCGGUUGCUGCGCCCGCCCGAUUUUUUGCUCUCGACUCCGGGGAUCGGAUCGACGGUGGUCGACGGACGUUGGGAGCUGUAGGUCUUCGGCUUUGGCGCCUCCGGCAUGGCGGCGGGGCAGGAGAAGAGCGAAGGGCUGGAUGAAGAAGCGAUGUUGGAGGAGCUGAUGGAGAGGAGCUUCCUCGAGGAUGCCUCUCCGCCGACGAGGUUUCCCAAGAGAACCAAUGGCUUCCCCGACACCGUGCUCAGCAAGGGUUUGAACAACCGGUACUGUGUUUUACAAGUCCAGGAAAAUGGUAUUGAAAAACACCUGACAAUCACAGCUGCUUCUCUGCCUGAAGAUUUGGAUACAGAGUUGUGCAUCCUUAGGAAUGACUGGGUUUCUAUUCCAGUACAACCUGGAGAUAUCAUUCAUUUAGAAGGACAGUGCAGUUCUGGUGUCUGGAUAAUAGACGCAGAUUCAGGAUAUUUAAUUCUGUAUCCAGAUAUGCUGCUUUCUGGCACUACAGUAUCAAAUAGCAUUAAAUGUAUGAGGAGAGCUAUACUGAGUGAAAAGUUCAAGACAUGUGGACCUGGAUCACGUUCAAUGCUGAUAGGUACAAUUCUGCAUGAAAUUUUCCAAAAAGCAGGAACAAAUUUUACACAAGAAAAGCUACAAGAAAUUGCCUUCUCAAUUGUUCAUGGACCAAAGUAUCUAAAAGAGCUGUACCAAUUAAACCUAAAACAAAACGAUAUAAUGCAAGAGAUACAGGAAUACUUCCCAUCUUUUGGUAAAUGGGCAGAAAACUUCAUGUACAAACCUGAUCAAGCUACCCAGCCUAACAUGAAGCUAAAAUUACCAGGAGAUAAAGAUGACUCCUUAUGCACUGUCAAAGUUACAGAAAUCCUGGAUGUUGAGGAGAAUAUCUGGUGUCCCAGGUUUGGUAUAAAAGGCAAAAUUGAUGUUACAGUGGGUGUAACAAUUCAUCGCAGAUCUCAAACUCAGUACAAGAUCGUGCCACUGGAACUUAAAAGUGGCAAGGAAUCUAAUUCAAUAGAGCACCGAAGUCAGGUAGUGUUGUACUCACUGUUGUGCCAAGGAAGGAGGGCAGACCCUGAAGCUGGAUUCCUCCUUUAUCUUAAAACUGGCAAUAUGUUUCCUGUUCCUGGAAAUCGUAUGGAUCGGAGAGAACUAAUUAAACUAAGAAAUCAGUUGGCCUUUUAUUUACUUCACAGCCUAUGUAAAUCUGACACUGCAAAAGAGCAGACACAGCUUGCGCCUUUGCCUCCAUUGAUUAGCGACAGUCAGAUUUGUAGCUAUUGCUCCCAGAAGCAGAACUGUAUGCUUUAUAGCAGGGCUGUAGAGGAGCAGAAAAAUAUCUCCGCUUUUCCUGAUGUAAUUGCUGCUGUUGAAAAAGAGACCCAACAUCUAAAAUCCUCUCACUUGGAGUAUUUUCGUCUCUGGUGUCUGAUGCUGACCCUAGAGUCACAGUGCAAAGAUGGGAAGAAGGAGCAUAGAAACAUAUGGAUGAUGCCUGUUGCAGAAAGAGAGAAACACGGAGAUUGCGUUGGAAAUAUGUUAAGGCUGGAGUAUGUACAGGAGAUGAUGGACGGGCAGUAUUUACAUUGGUUUCAGCGUAAAAAUGAUCCCAUGCCUGUAACAAAUCUGAUGAAAGGAGACAGAAUCGUUGUGAGUGGUGAAGAUAGCACUUUACUUGGCCUGUCUACUGGCUAUGUUCAGGACAUCAACAGAACUAAAAUAUCCUGCUUAUUGGAUAGGAAUUUGUCAUGCAUUUCCAAAGACACUGUAUUUAGAUUAGAUCACGAAGAAGGCACUUUUGGCAUAAACGGUGCCUUAGGAAAUCUCUCUAAACUGAUGGAAAAUGCUCCUGCCAGUGAAAGGCUUCGUAACUUAAUAAUAGAAUUUCAGAAACCGCAGUUUGUCCAACACUUGAGCUCCGUCCUUCCACCAGAAGUAAAGGAGACUGUUGCAAACAUUCUAAAAGGUCUGAAUAAGCCUCAGAAACAAGCAAUGAAACAAGUGCUUCUUUCAAAAGAUUACACACUUAUUGUUGGUAUGCCCGGAACAGGAAAGACCACUACAAUAUGUGCUCUGGUUCGAAUUCUUUAUGCUUGUGGCUUCAGUGUUCUCUUGACAAGCUUUACUCACACUGCAGUGGACAACAUUCUGCUGAAGUUAGCAAGGUUCAAAGUAGGUUUUCUGCGGCUGGGUAAAGCUCAGAAGGUUCAUCCAGACAUAAAGAAGUUUACAGAAGAGGAAAUUUGCAGAUCCAAAUGUAUUAAAACUGUAGCUCAGUUGGAGGAAUUGUACCGUGGUCAGCCAGUAAUUGCAACAACAUGCAUGGGAAUAAACCACCCAAUUUUCACUCAUAAACGGUUUGACUUCUGCAUAGUGGAUGAGGCUUCUCAGAUUAGCCAGCCAGUCUGUCUUGGUCCACUUUUCUAUUCACUUCGGUUUGUGCUGGUGGGGGACCAUCAGCAGCUACCUCCACUUGUGCAAAAUGCAGAAGCAAGAGAUCUUGGCAUGAGUGAAAGCUUAUUCAAGAGGUUAGAAAAAAAUAAAAAUGCUGUCGUGCAACUCACUGUACAGUACCGAAUGAACAGUAAGAUUAUGUCCCUGAGUAACAAGUUGGUGUAUGAAGGUAAACUGGAAUGUGGCUCUGAAAGAGUGUCUAAAGGUAGAAUUGACUUGCCGAAUUUAAAAGAGUUAAAGUUGGAGCAGGAAUAUUCUUCAGAAAUAUGGCUGAAGGAAGCGCUAAAUCCAAACAACCCUGUCUGUUUCCUUAACACGGAGAAGGUUCCAGCACCAGAGCAGACAGAAAAGGGAGGUGUCAGUAACAUGACAGAAGCCAGACUGGUAUUCUUCCUGACAUCAAUGUUUAUAAAGGCUGGUUGUAAGCCAUCAGAUAUUGGGGUCAUAUCUCCAUACAGACAUCAGUUAAAGAUAAUCACUGAUAUGAUGAUAAAUUCACACAUCUAUAAAGUGGAAGUAAAUACUGUUGACAAGUACCAAGGAAGAGACAAAAGUAUCAUCAUAGUGUCCUUUGUAAGAAAUAACAGUGAUGGAAAUCUUGGAGAACUUCUGAAGGACUGGAGACGUCUUAAUGUUGCCAUUACAAGAGCCAAACACAAAUUAAUUAUGGUGGGUUGUGUGCCAUCCUUAUGUCGUUAUCCUCCUCUAGAGAAGUUACUUUGUCAUUUGAAAACUGAAGCUAUGAUUUUCAGUGUUCCAUCAGGAGCAUGUGAAAAUGUCUUUUGCUGUAAUCUUCUCUGACAAGGAGACAUCAAGAGGAAAGAAAACAGGACUUCAUAUGCUGCUGGAACUCUCAUUUAUAUCUGAAGGUGCUACAUGGUCAAAUAGAUUUUCAGACUACUUUUUGUAAAUACUCAGGGGUCUACAUUUUUGAUAAAUUUGUCUGUAAUAAAGAAUGUUAAUGAUCGCUACAUUGCUAACAUGCAUGUAUAUAUUCAAAAGUUUUAAAUUGUUGCUUUUUUUCAACACUGGUGAGUAUUGCUCUUAUUUGUAACUGAGCUACAGUUGAGUCCUCUGAAUUCUGCCUAAUUAUGAGGAUGGCACUAUGGGGGCAUUUUCCAGGCAUGUUUGAUUUUCUGAGAUAACAGUGUUAAUUGACUGAUGGCUGGAUAUGAAAGAUAGAUAGCCUUGGGCAAUUUCAGUGAUGUUCCCUCUUUCAUCUUGCUUCUGUUUGAAUGUCAGCAAAUGUAUGUCACUGAAUUUUGUGUGUAUGUCCUUAGAUAUGUGAAUGUUUGUGUUCAGCUUUACAACUUGUGCAAGCCUGUCAUGUUAUUGUCAAAACAUAGCAUAGGAAAAGUAGAUUUUCUAUUUACUUACUGUUCAGUAAAUUUCCAUCCCCCUCUCCAAAGCCUGUCUCUCUCCUCUCCAUUUAAUUCUUCAAACUAUACAUUAACAACAGUGAAAACAACUUGAGAACUGAGAUAAUUUUCCAUGUUCUUCCUUGAAAUGUUGAUAUAAGUAUCUCUCAGUAGGACUGGACAUCUUUAAGAAGCCAUUCUGUAAUGGUUAAUUUGCCUUUUGUAGUGCUACAACCAUAAUUGUUUUAAAAGCUCAAACAGAAGAUUUCUAAUUUAUGACACAUUCUAGUGCUAUCUUAAUUUAAAGCAGUGUACGUACUUAGCUUUCUAUAUUCCAGAAAUAUACUAUAAAAUAUGCUAUAGAACAUCUACCUCUUGUGUUUGGUACUUCUGGAAUAAAUUUGGAUGUCUAUACAGUACUGUAUCACCACUAUUGCCUCCUGUAGUUCAAUAACUGUUAAAAGAAUCAAAUUGCUUUCUGAAUACCUUAGGUAUAAAUGCUUCUAACUUUUGAAACAGAGAUUCUCCACAGCUGCUUUUUUGUAUCAUGCAUAAUAAAAUGUUUUGUAUAAUUUGCAUUACUCAAUGUUUCAACUAAAUUUGUUCGUUUAAAAUAUUUAUAUGCCGCCUUUAUCUUUAAAAGA